CAUGAAAAUAUAUACUACAAACCUAUAGUCAUCAUCAUCACUAAAGCUCAUAAUACACAUAACAAAAUGGGUGAAACUUAUAGAUUCAAUCGUCAUCACUUCCUCACAUCUCUUCUUAUAAUCACAGCCAUGCUCAAAUCAGUCCAUACAAUAACAACAAACACCGAGUUCGUAAAAUCAUCAUGCACUUUCACAACCUACCCAAGACUCUGUUUCACUUCACUCUCAACUCAAGCCAGUCUCAUCCAAACAAGCCCCAAGCUCAUGGCUCACGCGGCUCUCAACAUCACAUUAGCCUCGGCUAAAGCCACUUCAGCAAUGAUGGUACGUCUCUCGAGUAGUCGGCUCAAGCCGAGAGAAGCAGCGGCCAUGAGAGACUGCGUCGAGGAGUUAGCUGACACGUUAGAUGAGCUUAGGAAAUCGAUUGGUGAGAUGUGUCGGCUAAGUAGCUCGAACUAUGAGGUCUACAUGAGCGAUAUGCAGACUUGGGUAAGUGCGGCUUUGACAGAUGAGAACACAUGUACGGAGGGAUUUGAUAGAGAUGAGAUGAACGGAAAGACUAAGGUUUUGGUGAGAGGGAAGAUUUUGGUUGUUGCUCAUUUAACGAGUAAUGCCUUGGCUUUGAUUAAUCACUUUGCUUCUAUUCACGGCUAAAGAGAGUUGUGAUAGUUAUUUUUAGUUUGCUUUUAUUAAUUUUCUUAUGAUUUUCUGUGUAUAAGAUGUAGUGAUAAUGUACUGUAUGCAUGUUCGUCAUUAAGAUUCCAGAAUCAAUAUGUAACAAAAAAAAAGUAUUUCAUAAUAUUUGAUUAUAAAAAUAUUUUCCAAGAAAA